UACUUUCAUUGGUGCCUGCCAAAGAAGGCUCUUAGCCCAAUCUGUCAGAAUAUAUUGUGUGCAUCUAUUCUAUUAUUUCUUAAUAAUUUUUUUGUGGGGAAAAAUACGAAUGGGGAAAAUACAAGAGGGUUCUAAGUGGAAAAUGAUGACCCCCUACUUUUCUGGUAAAAGUCCCAUCAGUGAAGCAACCGUAAUAAAAAAAAAAGCUGAAAAUUAACUUUUAAAAACUUGUUAGAUUGGUGAACCCAGGGAUCCCUGUGGCCAAACCCUCUCUCUUCUCGAAGUCUGUAGCCAAGAAUUAAUGGCUGAGCGUCUGGCAUCAUCCUCAGCCACAGCGCGAUUGGUUUAGUAGCGACACUGGGAUGGACGAACGCGUUACCAGUAGGCUCGGGAGAUGCUUGGAAAACAUUGCGAGUUAGCACCGCUUUCCCGGAGAUCCUCGCCUCAACUAGAGGCGGCGUUCAGGCGUCUGUCGGAGACCUAUAAUGUGGGGAACCCCACAGUGGCCAGGCGGCUAGUGGCGACGGCCCAAACGGCCCCUUCCAACUGUUGUCGCUGCAGCUACUCGGUGCUGCUAUCUAAGCAAAUCGCGGCCAGGCGUUUUCAGCGCGGUGCUCGAACUACCGUGCCGGCCCGACCAGGUGGACUAGUCCCGUGGGGACCCUUCCCUCCCGCUGCCGCGGUUCUUUUAUCCCGGCGCUUAAGAGAGGUCCCAUCAAACUUCGCGAAUGAGGCGAAGGCUUCAUCCCCAUGGCCGGACUGCGAGCGGGGAGUUCCCAUCCACCUUCCCCUUUCCUUUCCUUCCUCCCGGCGUUCCUCCGGGGCUGCGGCGUAGCCAAAGUCUCCGGCAGGAUGGACGGAGCAUCGGCGCCCUUUUCUCCGCCUCUACCCCGCCGCCCGGCAAGGCAGGGAGGCCGCUUUCUUCCCCGCUCCUUCCCCACCCGGCUGUAGCCCCAGUCCCGGCCGGGCUGCCAUUGGCUUAGCGGCCCCAUCCGGGCAUUUGGCGCAUCGCUGCUGCUCAGCCCGAGCGCUCCCAAUAUGGCGGAGGCUUCCUUUGGGAGUUCGAGCCCAGGUUUGUCCUGUUCAGUUCCUUCUUCUGUGAUUCCAGCAGUGGGAAGCUUUUGGAAGUAAAUCCACCUGAUUGGAUUGAUAAGGUCCCCACGAUGGCUCACAACAUUGGCUCUUUAUCUUCUGAGGAUCAUGACUUUGACCCUACAGCUGAAAUGUUGGUACAUGAUUAUGAUGAUGAAAGAACUCUGGAAGAGGAAGAAAUGAUGGAUGAAGGCAAAAAUUUCAGUUCUGAGAUUGAAGACUUAGAAAAGGAAGGAAGCAUGCCAUUAGAAGAUUUGCUAGCAUUCUAUGGCUAUGAAUCUACCAUUCCUGUUAUAGCAAGUUCCAGCGCAGAUAGUUCCCCAAGCGAACUUGCAGAUGAGCUUCCAGACAUGACUUUGGAUAAAGAGGAAAUAGCCAAAGACCUUUUGUCAGGAGAUGAUGAAGAAACACAGUCUUCUGCUGAUGAUUUGACACCAUCGGUUACUUCACAUGAAACAACAGAUUUUUUUCCUCGGCCUUUAAGAUCAAACACUAUCUGUGAUGGUGAUAAAGAAUCUGAUGGUGAAGAUGUGGAAGUAGAUACCGGUAAUUCAUCUGAAGAUUUGCGAAAGGAAAUAAUGAUUGGUUCACAAUACCAGGCUGAAAUACCACCUUUCUUAGGCAAAAGUUGCAAUGAUGAAAAAGCAUAUGAAAAUGAGGACCAGCUACUUUGGCAACCUGAUGUUAUUUCAGAAAAUAAAGUUAAAGAGUACCUUUUUGAAACUUCCGUAAGAACUGGAAAUGAAAAAAUAAUUGGCAGAAUUCCUGAUGGAGUGCAUACCCGGGACAAUGAACAGGCACUCUAUGAACUCUUCAAGUGUAACCACAGUCUAAAGGAAGCUAUUGAGAAAUACUGUUCAAAUGGAAAGACAUCACAGGAUAUGACCGCUUGGACAGAAGAAGAAUGUAGAAACUUUGAACAUGCACUUCUGAUAUAUGGGAAAGAUUUUCAUCUUAUACAAAAAGAUAAGGUGAGAACCAGGACAGUUGCUGAAUGUGUAGCAUUUUAUUACAUGUGGAAGAAAUCUGAACGAUAUGAUUACUUUGCUCAACAAACAAGAUUUGGAAAAAAGAGGUACAACCACCAUCCUGGAGUCACGGACUACAUGGAUCGGUUGGUAGAUGAAGCAGAAGCUUUAGGUGGUGCAGUUUCUUCAGCCAUAAUAUCAAAUAAUAGACUAGAGCCCAUUCCUGAUCAACAACUAGGCCUCCUGAAUUCAAUCACUGCCAAUGAUUUGACAGGUAAAUUAAAAGCACUGACCAACAGCGUAGCUACAGUCUGCCAUUCUACAGAUGUGAACUCAGAAGACGCCUUCCCACCUCUGGACAGUUUGCCCCGAACAGCAGUUAAUCAUGUGCCUGUCGUAACAGAAGAUUUGCUUAACUUGCCUAGUAAUGGCGAAAGUGAUUGUUUUAAUUUAUUUGAGACUGGAUUUUAUCAUUCUGAAUUAAACACCAUGAACAUGUGCAGUGAAGAAUCGGAAAGGCCUGCCAAGAGAUUGAAAAUGGGAAUUGCGGUCCCAGAAUCCUUCAUGAAUGAAGUUUCGGUGAAUAACUUGGCUGUUGAUUUUGAGAAUCAUACACAUCAUAUUACUAGUGCCAAAAUGGCGGUCUCGGUAGCUGACUUCAGCAGUCUAUCGGCAAAUGAGACAAAUGGCUUUAUCAGUGCCCAUGCGUUACACCAGCACACGGCCCUCCAUUCAGAAUGAAUUCA